AUGCUCAGUAACCUUGCUAUAAUUCUUAUCGUGCUCGUGUGUGCCCUCACGUCUGUCUCACUUGCAGCAGGCAUCUUUGGUGUCGUCACCCCUUCCGAAGCUACUUUGUAUUCGCCAAGCAUGCAACAACAACGAUAUAUGCGACAAGUCAGAUUCCUACACGUCAAUCUCCUACUGCAAGAGAACAGUCUCCGAUCAGGGAAUGUUUCGAGAGUGAAACGAUGCUCUUCCAAGAUUGCUCUUUACAAAGCCUAG